AUGGCAGCUUCCUUCCGCAGCUGGAUGAACGUGUCAUCGGCUUUCAGUUGUAUAUUAAAUGAAAAACUAUGCCGCAGACAUUUGGAAAUUGUCGAAACAUUGACUACGGUGUUACGAGACACAGAAUACAGAGAGGCUGUGCAGGAGGAGAUCUUCUCCAGUCUUCUCACAGUUUUGUCCAGGUUGUGUGAGGAGCUGCAGGGUGCCAGCAGGGACGAUCAGGAUCAGCGCGGUUUCACCCUGCAGGUGACUGCAGAGUGUUUCAGAGCCCUGAGGAACUCCUGUGUCCAGUGCACACGCAACCAGUGCAUGCUCAGAAACCUCGGUUUCAUUGAUGUAUCCUUUAAACUCCUGAUCUCGCUUCAAAACUUAACUUUGGAGAGUCCAGAUGGGAUAUUUGAACCUCUUCGUUGUGGGAUCCAGUUCCUCGGUAACUUAUCGGUGGGAAACCAAAGGUGUAAAGACGACAUUUGGCAGCUGAUUUUCCCAAAGUUUCUUUUGCAGCUGCUUCAUGUUAAUGAUGAUAAGACUGUGAGCUACGCUUCCAUGGUCCUCCACACGUGUCUGGAUGAAGCCAAAGUGGAAAAACUAGCAGAUUCGCACCACAUCCAACUGGCCUUGAGGGUGAUGGAGCUCUGUAGGGUGCAACCUGACCUGGAAUGGACGAUUAUCAUCGCAACCCAUCAUUUCCUUAAGUCUCCAGUUCUGGUGAAGAGCAUGUACGCUGGGAUGUCUGACUUUGAUAGAGUUACUCUCCUGGAGUUGCUUUUAGCCCAGCUGAAAGCAGAGGAAUCAAAGGAUAGUUGCAUCCCGCCUGAUGUUGCUCAUUUUGUGGCCUGUUGCUUCCAAAAGUGUUGUGGGGAUGUGUUGAUGCUCACCACUCGCUCUGCUUCCAGUGAUGAGGUCAUGGAGGAGGCACGGAUAGUGACUGUUCUUCUGGAGGUUUUGUGCGAGAUGACCUCAGACCGCACGGAGUUCAUGUUCCUUCAAGACCAUCCAGACCUCCUUUUGACCACUAUUGAGCUGCUGCAGCAGGUGCACGCCAUGGGGAAAGCCAGCAGCAACAUUUUCAGUGCCACUUGGAACUUCUCAUCCCUCAGUAUAGAUGGCGACUUUUCCCCUGAUUGUCCUGUCGUCAACUUCAAGGCUCGUCUCAUCAGGCUGAUUGGAAACCUCUGCCACAGCAACACCAACAACCAGAACAAGGUGAGAGAACUUGAUGGCAUCCCUCUCAUCUUGGAUAACUGCAACAUUGACAGCAACAAUCCUUUCAUCAGCCAGUGGGCCAUCUUCGCCAUCAGGAACCUUCUGGAACACAACAAGCAGAACCAGGAGCUAGUUGGUUCACUGGAGCGUAGUGGUACUGUCGACUACUCUGCUCUCAGGGACUUAGGCUUUGAGAUUGAGGAACGCGAUGGAAGCUUCCUGCUAAAACCUGUGAGAAAAGAUGGCUGACAACAGCUAACUGAGAGAAUGGUCGACUUCAUCCUUUGAGCAGAUUUUGAUGUGAUGGCUUUUGUUGCCAAAAGGAAUAUUUGAUGAAUUAGUUCCAAAAGAGAAGUAUGAGUUAUUUACUAUUUUCACCCCAUUUGUGCUAGCACUCCAGCCCAGAAUGGAUUGAAUUAUUCUUGAUGCACAGAAGGUCCCUAGGGUUCCCCUGGCACAACAGUAGAGGUCAGGAGCUUGUAGAAGAAUUUUUAGGUCCAUAUUUGAACUGUGAUGAACUAUCAAGUGUCCUGAUCCGAACUGUAUGUCCUCUGGUUGAACUAGCAGGUGUUCAACCCAAA